UUUGGUCUCUUUAAAUGUCUGUUAUCUGUAAAAUGUUCUGAUAAAAAGUGAUUUAAUUUCAAAAUUAACUCUAGAUUUGAGUGGGUGGAGCCAGGAGAAAAAGUGAUGAAGGAGGGCAAACGUGCAGGCCCACAACCAGGAGGACCAGUCAGAGCAAGAAAAGUCGCCAGUGUUCAGGCAGAAUAUGAAGACAGAGGAGAACCAUCCAGGGGGAUGCAAGAGCGCUGGGAAGCCCAAUGGCAGGAGUUCCUGAGGACACUGCAGCCCCUUCACACAGGAGGGGGAAACCCAGGGAUGUCAGAAGCUGCCCCUUGGGAAGAUGCCAAGGCCUUCCUGGCCUCCUUUGAGCAAGUGGCCAAGGCCUGCCGGUGGCCGAGAGGAGAGUGGGCGGCCCGGCUCCUUCCAGCACUGAGUGGUGAAGCAGAAGAGGCCUUUCGGAGCCUGGAAGCCAGAGAUCAGGAGGACUAUGGGAAAGUGAAGGCGGCCAUCUUGCGAGGGGAAGCCCUGAGGAUGGAGGCGCAGCGCCAGCACUUCAGGCAAUUCUGCUGCCAGGAGGUCAGAGACCCCCGAAGGAUUCACAGCCAAGUCCAGGAUCUUUGCCGGCAAUGGCUGAAGCCGGAGAGACACAGCAAGGAGCAGAUCCUGGAGCUGCUGAUCCUGGAGCAGUUCCUGGCCAGCCUGCCAGUGGACCUCCAGGGCUGGAUCCGGGCAGGAGGGCCGGACACCUGCUCCCAGGCCGUGGCCCUGGCCGAGGACUUCCUCACGAGCCAGCAAGGGGCUGAGACAGGACAGAAGCAGGAACUGACGGGGCCUAAGGAAACUAGCCUGUCUUUACAGACGGUGAAGCAGAGUGUGACCCAGCCGGGCCAACAGACCAUAGUCUGGCAAGUCUUUCAGGAGGAUGGUGGAAACGUUGAUUAUUUGGGUGAUGAGAAAGGAAGUCAAGUCAAGAUGGAGAAUUCGCAGUGUGGAGGAAAUGAGCCAGAGGACAUGCCCAGGACAGCCCUGCAGAUAAGCCACGCGAAUGUGCUGGAGACGGCUGAGAUGCAUGAAGAAGGAUGCCGGUCCAGAGAGGAACAGUGGAAGCAGCCAGUGGAGAGAGAGAAGGAACGUAAUGGACUCACAGAAGGCCUCCCAGCUGCAAUCGGCCUGCCUUCUGAAGUACACACAGGAGAUAACAUGUCCAUGUUCUCCAAGUACGGUCGAAGGUAUUGCUACAGAUUAGACGUUGACAUGAGAGAUACCAUGGAGGAUUACGAUGAAUGUCCCAUGUCAGAGGAGAACCUCCAGCAGAUUUCAUACUCUGAUAAAUAUCAGAGAAUGAAAAUGGGAGAGAGCAAAUCUGAAUUCUCUGAGAAUGGCAAAGGAGGUAAUUUAAACAGACAUCAGAGCGCCCACACCAAGGAGAAACCUCAUAAUUCUCCGGAAUGUGGGAAGAGCUUUAGUUAUUUAAAUUCAUUAAAGAAAAUUCAAAGAACACAAAGUGAAGAGAGGCCAUAUGAUUGUUCUCAUUGUAGCAAAAGCUUCAGCAAAAGAAAACAUUUGAUGAAUCAUCAGGAACUUCAUACUGGAGAGAAAAGGCAAGAAUGUCCAGAGUGCGGGAAACUCUUCACUUUUAGAAAAGGUUUAAUGAGACACCUGGGAAUUCAUACUGCAGUGAAACCAGAAAAAUGCUCUCAGUGUGGGAAGAGCUUCAGCCGGAGUGAAAAGUUGAAGAUUCAUCAGAGAAAUCAUCACGGGGAGAAACCAUACAAAUGUUCUCUGUGUGGGAAGAGCUUCAGUCGGAGUGACAAUUUGAAGAGCCAUCAGAGAAUCCAUACUGGGGAGAAACCAUACCAAUGUUCUGUGUGUGAGAGGAGCUUCAGCAGGAGAGAAAAUCUAAAGAGACAUCAGAGAAUUCAUACAGACCGCAUGAAAGUCCUGAGUGUGAGAAAAGCUCCAGUUGGAGAGUGCACUUGAAUGAUCAUGAGAAAAUCCCUGCUGGAGAGGAAAUGGGGAGAAAUUUCUCUUGGACAGUUUUGUCCAUCUGAUGUGAGAAAAUUCAUAGAGACUUUAUGGAUGCCUCUAGUGCGCGAAAGAUUUUGUUUGGAAAGGUGCAUUGAUUAAGCUUUGGAAAGAAUACCAGUGAACAUCCAAUGGGUGGGGUCAGUUUUCACCAAAAACUAUAACAGAGUGCAGCUAAGAAAAUGCCAGACAGGAAAGAAAUCAGAUAGGAGAGAAAACUCCAACUGAGAGGUUGUGAUUGGACAUCAAAGUA